AUUUUAAUGUGGCGAAGGGAUACCGGAAGUGAUCAGGCCACGCCGAGUCGGCCACGGAGCGGCAAUUUGAAUAGCUGAGACAAGUCCCCGCGCGCGCGCUGUGUUUUCCAGUAAGUCAGUCUGUGAGAGAGGCAGGAGUGAGGCUGGGGGCUCCGCGUGUCUGAGACCCGGAUGCGUGGACCCUGAUUGAAGAGGCUGUGCGCAGGCAGGUCUUCAAAUGCGGAGAUGCCGCUUUUUGGAAAAAUUGUUGUCAUUAAAAGGAAUGGGACUGAUGGCACUCAUUUCCCACUGACUGCAAACAUCUGCCUAUUUGGAAGGAAAAAAGAGUGUGACAUCCGAAUCCAGCUUCCUCAGGUUUCCAAAGAACAUUGUAAAAUUGAAGUCAAUGAAAACAAAGAGGCAACGCUAAUUAAUUUAAGCACUGUAAAUCCAACACAACUGAAUGGAAGUUUCUUUGAGCAUCCCACAAACUUAAAGCAUGGAGAUCUACUGACUAUUAUUGAUCGAUCUUUCAGGUUUGAAUAUCCACCUCUGUCACUUCCACGGAAGAGACUUUCCAGAUCUCAAGAAAAGGAAACAUUACAGGUUCUUCAUGUUCAGCAGGGGGAACAAGAGCAGUUGUUGCAUUCUCAGAAUUCAGAAUAUAAAAGUCUUCAGACUCCUGACAAACCUGAGAAGGAUGGUCAAAAUACUAAUGGGAGUAACAAGCAAAGAACUCAAGAAUGUAGUAUCAAGCAGUAUGAGAGCCCGAAAUCUACAUCUAAAAUAGGCAGGUCAAACAUACAAAAUGAGAUGUCUCCUUUUAGCAAACUUUAUGAAUUAAUGAAGCAUGAAGGCAAGACAAAAACUGCAGAAGAUUUAAGUAAUGAGACAUCCACAGAGCAACAAGAAUAUUCACCUCAAAAGGAUAUUAUCUCGCUUGAAGCUGCAUCUCAAAAACCACAUAGGAGAUCUGCAGCUGGUCAGACUAAGGAGACAUCCACAGAGCAACGAGAAUAUUCACCUCAAAAAGAUAUUAUCUUGCUUGAAGCUGCAUCUCAAAAACCACGCAGGAGAUCUGCAGCUGGUCAGACUAAGGGGACUGAAGCAGUAAUUUGGGAGAAGAAUGAAUAUCCUGGAGAGAGUAAAAAUCAAGGAAUAAAAAGUGGUGUAUGUAAUCAAAUAUCAGUUGAAGGGAACAGUUCCAGAAGAUCAUCUGCAAGUCUUCAAACCUAUGUAACAACAGUUGAAGAGACAGAUCCGUUAACUAUUAAGUACAUCAAAGAAAACCAACCUGAAGAAGUACUUACAAAUGAUGCAGUUUUAAGAGCAAGGAAACAAAGUGUUAAAGAUUUUGCUGAAUCCUUGGAAUAUUUGCAUAGCCCAAGGCGCUCUCAAAAAUCAAAAGGACAACCAACAGACACAGCUGAUGUAGAAAUCAAAGCUAAUUUAACAGACACUUUUGAAUCUGUUGAAAAUGUUUUAUCCACAUCAAAGUCUGAGAGACAGAGUUUUAAAACUUAUUCCAGUCCAUAUUCAAGAGAAGUCAGAAGUUCUUCAAAAGCUACACAAAUUGAGUCAAAUUCAUUGUUAGGACUGGAGAUAUCCACAGAAACUACUGCUGAAACUGAGCAGGGUUCUAUGCAUAGUAUUUCAGGGGAGUAUGAAUCUGAAAAGAAGUAUCUUAAAAUAAAUGGAGAUGAAGUGUUGGCCACAGAAGAGCCUUUAGAUGCACAUAUUUUGAAAGAAAUGAAAAAUAAGAUUUGUGUAAGUGAGAUGCAAAAAGAUGAAAGCUCUGGAAUGACUGUGGCUUCACUUUGCUAUAGGAGAAGUCCUAGAAGGAGCAUUAAACAAAAUAAGGACUUUUCACAUGGAAGUUCUUUUACAGAGAUGUUAACAAAAGAAGAGUUAUUGGUAACCUCUACACAUGCAUCUCCUGGAAAAAGUCAAAUGCAAACACCUAGCCAGCUACCUGAAGAAAACAUAGCUAAAGAUUGUCCCCAGGAAAAUAACAAAAUAAAGGGAGGUUCAGCAACAAAGAGCCAAAAACAGAAUUUUGAGAUGAAAAAAAUGCAAGGAUCUUCCAGCUUGCCUGAAAACAGUGCUCAAGUUCCACCUGAGGAAGAGGCUGUUUCUGAAAUGCAUGUGUCAAGCCCAUUUGGUAUAAAGAGAGCAUCAGGGGGCAAGAAAUCUCCUAAAAAGCGGAAAGCUAGAGAGCUUGAAUUACUAGAUCAACCACUUGGGAAAAGAAAAAGAGUGUCCUUUGGUAGUCACUUGAGUCCUGAACUAUUUGAUAAACGUUUGCCUCCCAACUCGCCACUUAAAAGAGGUGCAAUUCCGGCAAGACUGAGCUUACCGUUUGAAAACUCUCCUCGAGCAGUUUUGAAAAAAGCUUCUGGUGUUAGACAGUCUGUACUUAAGAGUUUCUUUGAAAAGAAGCAGCAUGAGAAUAUUGUGCCCCAAAAGGCCGCCUCACCUCUGGCCCACAGGUCCCCAGCCAUCUCACCAUCUCUUGACCUUCCCAGCAGAAGAGGGCGCUUCUCUGUUUCUCAUGUUAUCAGCCCACCUAGUUCGAUAGAAGAGGAUCCUGUUGCUGGAGACAAGCAUAUAAAUAAAGAUUUUAUUAAAGAAAAGACACCUGAACCUUCUGAGCAAGAACUCAAACCUUCAUCAGUAAAGAAGAGCAAGAAGAUUGCUCCAAAGAGAACUUCUUUGCACAGAAGAAGUGGUGCCAUGGGUGCUAUUCAGUCUAAAAGAAGAAGUGGUGCUUCUGAGGCCAACUUAAUAGUUUCAAGGUCUUGGGCAGAAGUAGUGAAACAGGGUGCUCUAAAGUCACAACUAAGGACUACUACAAACCGUGGCUUUGAAAGAUCAACCAAGAAGAUACCUGCAAAACAACCAAAGAACAAUGUCUCAGUGUUUAAAACUCCAACAAGAAAAGUUAAGGGGCACUUUACUACAGGCCAUGCAAAUUCUCCUGCUCCAAUUGUGAUUGGAAAGGCUCAUACCAAUGUCGUAAGUGGAGCUGCACAAGUCCCUAAAGUGAUGAUCAACUAUCCUUUGAAGCAACCUUGUGAUGUAAAUGAAAGUUUUACAGGUAUGGCUGAGAUGUUUAACAGUCCACCAAACUGGAAACGGAGAAGUUCUCGUCUGUCUUCUGUUCACAAGACUAAUAUGCCACCUGAAGAAGAAAUCUCAGAAUUACACACUCCAGAAGAAUCUGGAGAGAUGACUUUAUCACCUUUGAACAUACCAAGCCCAAAAAGAUGUCAUCAAAAUGUAGCAUCACCUUUCUUGAGAGAAAUACCUCCAGUUUCCAGUCUUACAGAAGACAAGCUACAGGUGACUCCUGAAGGAGAGAAUACUGCCAUACAAAAGAUUGCGAGGAAAAGCAGCUCACUGGUAACAGCAGUAAAUGAAGCCAAAGUAGGAGUACAGGAUAAAAGAAAAAGUCCAAAACAAGAUUUGAACCUCUCAGAGUCCCUUUCAGAAGUCAAAGAGAUAUUGAGGACUCCCAUACAAGAAACAGAGGUUGCCGAUGAACUCUCUGGGAUCAAGAGGCUCAUGAGGACGCCCAAGCAAAAAAUAGAGGCUGCCGAAACCCUCUCUGGGGUCAAGAGGCUCAUGAGGACGCCCAAGCAAAAAAUUGAGGCUGCUGAAGCCCUGUCGGGGAUCAAGAGGCUCAUGAGGACGCCCAAGCAAAAGAUGGAGGCCGACGAAGUUCUUUCUGGGGUCAAGAGGCUCAUGAGGACUCCCAUGCAAGAAGCGGAAUCUGCUGAGGCCCCUUUGGAGGCCAAUACACUCAUGAACAUACCUGUUCAAGAAGCGGGAGCUGGUGAGGCCCCUUCGGUGGCCAAGACGCUCAUGAGGACACCUGUGCAAGAAGUGGAAAUUGAUGAAACCCUUUCUGAGGUCAUGAGGACACCCAUGCAACAAGCAGAGGCUGACAAAAUCCUUUCAGGGGUCAAGAGGCUCAAAAGGACACCCAAGCAAAAAACAGAGGCUGACAAAACACUGUCAGGCAUCAGGAGGCUCACAAGCACACCCAAGCAAAAAAUGGAGGCUGACAAAGUUCUUUCUGAAGUCAAGAUGCUCCUGAGGACUCCCAAGCAAGAAGUAGAGGCUGCUGAGGUCCCUUCAGCAGCCAAGAGGAGCUCAAGGACGCCCAAGCAAGAAGUGGAGAUUGCCAAAGCCCUUUCUGGGGUCAAGGUGCUAAUGAGAACACCUAUGCAAGAAGUGGAGGCUUCUGAAGUCCCUUCAGCAACCAAGAGGAGCUUAAGGACGCCCAAGCAAGAAGUGGAAAUUGCUGAAGCCCUUUCUGGGGUCAAGACGCUAAUGAGGACACCUAUGCAAGAAGCUGAGGCUUCUGAGGUCCCUUCAGCAGCCAAGAGGAGCUCAAGGACGCCCAAGCAAGAAGUGGAAAUUGCCAAAGCCCUUUCUGGGGUCACGACGCUAAUGAGCACACCUAUGCAAGAAGCUGAGGCUUCUGAGGUCCCUUCAGCAACCAAGAGGAGCUUAAGGACGCCCAAGCAAGAAGUGGAAAUUGCUGAAGCCCUUUCUGGGGUCAAGACGCUAAUGAGCACACCUAUGCAAGAAGCUGAGGCUUCUGAGGUCCCUUCAGCAGCCAAGAGGAGCUCAAGGACGCCCAAGCAAGAAGUGGAAAUUGCCAAAGCCCUUUCUGGGGUCAAGGUGCUAAUGAGGACACCUGUGCAUGAAGUGGAGGCUGAUGAGGCCCCUUCAGCAGCCAAGAGGCAAUCAGAUACUCCCCAGCAAGAUGUAGAGGCUGCUGAGGUCCCUUCAGCAACCAAGAGGAGCUUAAGGACGGCCAAGCAAGAAGUGGAAAUUGCCAAAGCCCUUUCUGGGGUCACGAUGCUAAUGAGCACACCUAUGCAAGAAGCUGAGGCUUCUGAAGUCCCUUCAGCAACCAAGAGGAGCUUAAGGACGCCCAAGCAAGAAGUGGAAAUUGCUGAAGCCCUUUCUGGGAUCAAGACGCUAAUGAGGACACCUAUGCAAGAAGCGGAGGCUGAUGAGGCCCUUUCAGCAGCCAAGAGGCAAUCAAAGACUCCCAAGCAAGAUGUAGAGGCUGCUGAGGCCUCUUUUGUAGCCAAGACGCUCAAGCAAGAAGUAGAAGCUGCUGAGGCCCCUUUGACAGCUAAGAGGCACACAAGGACACAGUCCAAAAUAGAGGCAAUUAGAGAUGAAAUUGCCUGCUCUACGUUUUUAAAGUCUCCAGAUAAAAUGUUAGAGGAAGUCAUGGGAAGUGUUACCAAGAAAAAACAAAAACAAAGAAAACGGUUUAUGGGAGAACUUGGUAUUAAUCAAGUUAUUAAAGUACUUAAGGGAAAAGAGCAGCCAUUGGAAGACAUGGAAGGAAUUCAAAGAUUAACACUGAAGCAAAAAUCUGAACCUCUGGAAGAUAUAGUUGGCAUUAGUCAACUUUUGAAGACACCAAAGCAAAGGUUUAUGCAAUUUGAUGACUACUUGGGAUUGCAGAAACUUAUGGCUGAACCUAAGCAGAGCUCUCUCAGUCCUGAAAUAGAUUAUACCGGCGUUAAAGAAAUGUUGGACACUGUGGAUGGAUAUAAGCAAGAAACAAAACUGGAAGCUUCAUUUGAAAGAAAAUCUCCUUUUGCAAUACCAAGGAACGACAGUAAAAAUGAACUAAAAUUAGAGGACAACUUUGGACAAGUUAUAUUUAGCUGUCUUAAUGAAGUAAAAGUAGAGACAGAUGUAGAAACUAACAAAAUAGUGUGUGCCCCUGAAAGCUUUCUAGAUGGAAUGGAUCUCCAAAAUGUAGCCAGAAUGGUUUCUGUGAAAAAGCCAGCUGCAAAACAGAGAAAUCCUGCAACAAUAAAUGUAGAAAUGCUUGAACCAUUGUCUUCAAUCAGAAGAACUAGAAGAGGAAAUAUUAAUAAAUCCACUUUUGCAGGAGAACAUAAUACAAAAAUGACACAGAGCUGUGCAAAAUUAACUAACUGUAUGCAAACAAAUGAAAACUUUGACCAGAAUGUCACUGAAAAAUGUGUGGCUCAAGGUUCAGAGAUGACAAAAAGCUCUUCAAGAAGAACUUCUAGAAAAAAUGCUGCAAAAACACAUGGGAGCAUGGAGUCUGUUGACAUAAGCCAAACUCAAGAAAUAAUGGAAACUUUAACGGAAACUCCUGUCAAAAUACAGCUUCCUGUAAACAGGAAGAGGGUGGCAGCUGAAAGACAUGGGAAAACUGAAGCAAGCUUAGAUUUAGAAGACACUGCAGCAACCCAAGAAAAUGGUAGCUGUCAAAUUACAAAAACUUAUGUUACAUCUAGAAAUAGAAAAGGUAAAAAAAAGGAGCCUGAGCUGAUGUCUGAACUUAUAAAACUGAAUCCCCAAGACAACAUGCAAAACAAAAAUCUUGAAACUUCAAGGGACUACACUGGAAACAACCUACUUAAAAGAAAUACAAGGAGAAGAAAGGCUAUGCCAGUGCAAACAGAUACUGAAACAUUAAGCACAGCUGUUGGGGAUAAAUCUGGAAGUUUAGAACUCACAGCACCUAAACUGCAUAAAACAGAAAUUUUGGAAAGUGGUUCACUAGAAGCACAGGAAAACCCAGUGACAAGGGGGAAAGGAAAAAAGGUUCACUUUGUAGUGGAGAAUGAGAACUCUGAUGCAAGUGUGCUUGGAGAUGAAGGUAGUGCUCAGGAAGAAAAAAGGAAUGCAUUUUUGGAAACCUGUACUCCUACAAAUGAAAAUAUAUUGCGAAGGAGCAAAAGAAAAGCAGCUGCUGGUACAUCUCUUUCUACAAGGAAGCACACCAUUGCAGAAAUCUGUGAAGACAAACUUGAAGACAACAUACAUUUUUCCUUGGAAAACCCUGCUCUUGCAAAAGAGAACCCAUCAGCAGUCAGCUUCAGUUUGGCCCAAGGAAAAGGUUUGCAAGUAAUUCAAAAUAAAGAUAAGUCUAAUGAAACCCAAAAGGUCUCCUUGGAAAAUGAGCCAACUCCUGCAGAGCAGCACAGUCCACCAAAAAGGCAAAAGGUGAGAAAAGAAAACCCAUCCAGGAGAGGCCGAAGCAGGCAAAAUAACUCUCAUGAAACAUCCACAGACAAUGACUGUAAACAGGCAGCUGAUACAAAAGGCCAAGAUACAAUUGUCACUGUAAAAGAGAAUCCAUCAAGAAGGGGCAAAGGGAAAAGGACUGUCACUGUACCUUUGCCUUUGGAAAAUAUUACUCUUGAAAAAGCAGGCCCAUCAAUUGACAAUUCCACUUCUGACCAAGAAAAAUGUUCUUUGCAAGAAUUUAAAAUUGAAGAGAGUCCUAAUGAAGCCCAAAAUAUGUCCUUAGAAAAUGCACAAGCUCCUGCAGAGCACAGGACAUCAAAAAGGCAAAAGGUGACACAAGCUUCACUCAGGAGAGGCAGAAGCAAGCAAGUCAUUCCUCAUGAAACUUUCUCAGAAUAUGAUACUAAAGAGGAGGCCAAUACAAAAGACCAAAAUAUGGUGGUCAAAAAUACUUUUUUAAUAAAAGAGAAUCAGUCAAAAAAAGGAAGAAAAAUUACCCCUGCUUAUCCCUUCAAAAAUGAAAUUUCAUCUUUGCCACCAGCAACCAAGAAUGUUGAACAACAACAAUUCACUUUGGAAACUGCAGCUGUUCCAAAUGAGAAUCUGCCACGUAGGGGCAGAAGGAGAAAAACAGAGAAUACAUUUGCAGAAAGCUCAGUUUCUGCCAGUAAAAAAUCUAGAUUGCUUGAUAAUGGCAACCAAGAAAAAGUGGUUUUACAACCACUUGCAAAAGACUUACAAAGUGUGACAAAAGAUACUGUAUCUAAAAGAGGUAGAAGAAAGGUAAUUCCUUGUGAAAUGUCAACAGCAAGUAAUGGCCAACUAGGAGAUGACAAUGAGGUCACACCUGUAAAAGUAAAAAAUGUACCUUUGAAAAAUAUUGGAAAUGAGGGCCAACCAAAGAUAAGCAGAAGGGGGGGGAAUGUUCAUGCAUCUCAAGUACCUCCUUCCCUCAAAGUAAGCAUCACUCUACCUUCAUCUGCUUCAGGCAAACUGCCAAGUGAAACUACCAGUGAAAAUCAAAGCACCCUUGAAGAAAGUGAUGCUAUUGGGGGAACUCUAGCAAAAUGUAAUAGAAGAAAUAAUAAAAUAGUGCCACAUUCCAAAUCAGCCAGAAGAAAAUGCAAGCAUCCUGAAGAGGAGACAUUCCAGGAAAAGCACAAUGUAGAUUUGGAAAAGACUUCUGUGUCAGAUGAUAAACCGCACAGAAGAGGUAGAAGAAAUGUUGAUGGACCUGAAGCAACUGUUUCUCUCAGAGAAAAAUGUAGAUUGACUGUAGGUGCUAGUACUAAAGAUCAUACUGUUUCUGCCAUGAAAGAUUAUUUAGGGGACAACCAACAAAAAGUCAAUAAAAGAAAAAGGUUGCCAAAAAACAUGGAUCAAAGUAACAUUUCUAACAAUCAAAAGAAUGAUUUGGAACUUUCAGCUCUCCCAUUGGAAAAACAAUCAUCCAAACGAGGCAGACGGAAGCAGGUUAACAAUGAGCUAGAGAUCAGUGCCACUUCUUGUGAUUCGAAGAAAAGUUUGCUUCCAGAAAAUAAACCAGCAGAGGACAUUGAAAGUACAAUAAUGCGAAAAGGAAGAAGGAAAACGAAAGAAGAGCAAACCAAAGUCAUGACUGAGCCUGCUGCUGAAAUAAAAAGCAAGACGAGAGCAAGCAGAAGAACAAGAAAAGAAAUAUUGUAAUAUUUGAUACUGGCUUUUGUAACGUUUCUAUGUAGAAAAUAAGUGUGGCUGAAAGAUUUUCAGAUCCAGUUUUUAUAGAGUACUUUGAAUUUAGAAAUUUUUUUUUCUUUGGGUAAUUGUUCUUAAUUUUGAUCCUUUGUUCUUAAUUUUGAUCCUUUUUUGAUAUACUUUAUCAUACAAAAUUCUGUAAAUAUCUUUUCAAGUGUUUGUGGGGCUUAAAAAAGAUGUAAGGACAUGGGGCUUCUGUUUUGGGUUUUUACUGCUCUGAACUGCAUUGUCGUAAUAAUUUUUAAAUGUUGAUACUACUGUUUAUGAAUUUUGACAUUAAACUAUGCAUUUGUCUAAAA